AUGUCCGUCGCUAUGGUUCUUGCUCCUUGCGUUCCUGCCACUUAUCCCCUGUAUUUUAUCCAGGUGUCCGCAGGAGUGUUCUUUGUGUCCACAUGGGUCAUCACGCUCACGAACAACCCAACUUCUCUCGGACUGUUCUUUUUCCAUCCCCUCUUGCAGAGUCUUGCAAUCUCUGUGUUCACAUACGGCAUUCUGACUCUUCAGCCAACAUCGCAGGCUAAGACGAAGGCCGCGGGACUUACCAGGCACCAGCUAGCCAUGGCUGCUUUCGGCGUGCCGGCCAUUGCUCUAGGCGCGCUCGCUAUCAUCUGGAACAAGAACCUCCACGAGUCGCCGCACUUCACCACCUGGCACGGAACUCUGGGGAUUACCUCCAUUGUUUGGCUAGUUGCUCAAGUGGCGGUCGGCGGCGGCAGCGUUUGGUUUGGAGGGCGCCUGUUCGGCGGUGGAAGCAAGGCAAAGCAAUUUUGGAAGUACCACAGGCUGUCGGGAUAUGUCCUAUUCCCGCUCUUCCUGCUCACUGCCCAUCUUGGCGGAGCUUGGUCGGCCUGGACCACCACGCACAGCUCUGUUGUCGUCCGGGUGCUUGCCUACUGGAUUAGCCCGAUCAUUCUCUUGGCCGCGGUCCUAGUCCGUCUCAGAACGUCGAAGAUGCAAUUCUUUUGA